AUGACAUCUGUCGAAGAAAGAACAAUUUUUGCAAAACUUGAAAUCAUGAAAGAUAUUCGAAUGAAAACUGUUCAACUUGAAAAGUUAAAAUUACGAAUAAUAAAUCAAGUUGAGAAUUCAGAUGCCGAAGAAAAAUGUCUAGGAGAAUAUCGUCGAGAAUUAGAAUUAUUGAUGCAAGAAAAAAUGAGUCAUGUUGAGGAACUUCGACAAAUUCAUGCCGAUAUAAAUGCCAUGGAAACUGUCAUCAAACAAGCAGAAGAAAAUAGACAGAGAUCUGUAGGCAUGGCUAAUCGAUUUCAUGAGGAAUACACUCCACUCAAAGGUGAAAUUGAUACAAUGAGACGUGAAUAUUUGGGAUUAGAAAAAUUGCCUGAAUUGCAUGAAGAAGAGGGUUCAAUUAUCCCACCAGAGCGCUUUCAACAACAUACAAACUUCUAUUCAAAUAAAAUAACGACACCAUCGGCAAGUUUCACUCGACCAACUCCAGUUUCAGCACUCACAUCAAAUCCAGCAAAUGCUCAUCAUCCUUUACCGCCAAACGAUAAUUCGCAUAUUACUCCAUUGAACCCUACACACGGAUUUCUACCGCCAGCACCACCAUCGGGACAAGGUCUAAGAGGAAUGACAAAUAAACCAUCUGAAAUUUCCAAUCCAGUUUCUCGUAUACAACAAUCAGCACCAACACUCGGAAUGCAUCCAACUUUCAGGUCUGAUUUCAAUGUCUCAUUGAGACAACAACCUCCGCCAAUGAAAAGCUGUUUAUCAUGUCAUCAACAAAUUCAUCGUAAUGCUCCAAUUUGUCCAUUAUGUAAAGCAAAGAGUCGAUCACGCAAUCCGAAGAAGCCAAAAAAGAAGGAACAUUAAGGAGUAAGGAUUAGAAUACAACACCGUCUUCAUAAUAAAGCGGAAUUUUAAUGUAUUUAUUACUUAAUUAUUUUAUAAGGUGAUUUACAAAUAUUUUUAAACAACUUUAUAAUUUAUUUUAAAAGUUAUUUUUAACAUUCAAGACAAUAGAAAAUAUGCAAG